GUUCCUGGCCCAAGCCCGGGGUGGGGGGGAGACGAGGGAAAGAAUCCUCCUCCAAUUUGGGUAAAUCCACCUCGUGUUUUGUUUCUUGCUUCCGAGCGCUGGGUCCAGCGAGCCGAGAGCUGGCUGGAGCUUCACUCCAGAGGUCUGUCCAGGGGAGACACUGCUCCUGCCGAGGGCUGCCCUUCCGGGGCCAAGCGGCAACCGCAGCCCAUCGGGCUCCCCUCCGGAGCCGGGAGCCCCGGCCUUGGUCCCCCGCCCCCUCCGGCCCCGCUCAGCCUGCCCCGGGAUUCUCCAUUCCGCUUGAAGUCAUGCUCCCCUGCUCGCCUCUCCAGCGGGGAUAGGACGAGACGUCCACCGCGGGGUCUCCCUCCCCCGCGAGCGCCGGAUUGACAAUGCGUGGAGCCUGAUCCAAAUACUGCUAUGACAAAGCUCAGCCAUGGAACAACCAAAUUUUCAGUUGAAGUGAGACUUUUGGAAGGGCCCAUGAAUUUGUACCCCACCCCUUUCCAUUUUCCUCCCCUUAUUAGUUAUGUCUCAAUCCCGCCAUGGGAGAUCUUCCAAAUUAGUCAGAAAGGAAGAUCUAAGCAAAAAGAAAACCAGCCAACUAAAUAAGGCAUCCAAGAUUAUGACCAAAAAGAUGACGUUGGUAAAAACUCUGAGUGCUGGGAAGUUAAAACAGCUGAUGCAAGAAAGAAAUAAUGUUAAGAAAAAGUCAAAAACAAAACCACCUGUGCCAAUAAGAAGUCUUCUGACAAGAGCCAGAGCUGCUCGAAGGUGUCUGGAUCAAACUGAUGUCCUUUUCCAGAAUCCAGAAUCCUUAUCUUGCAAUGGCUUCACAAUGGCCCUUCGAAGCACAUCUCUAAUUCACCGCCUGUCCCGACCUGCAGUCGUCCUUACAAGAUCUGAGAAGAUUCCAUCCUCUAAGACUUUGGAAAAGGAAGAUAAACGCAAAUAUGGUGUCCUGGCAGACUCCAAAAAGAAUAUCGUGGAAAUGGAAAAGGAGACAAAUCAGUCACAAAAAAGCCUAAUCUCUCCUGAAAAAGAGGAUCCCAUAGUGGUUACUUCUAAUGCAUCCCCAAGCAAAAAGAAUGGACAAGAAAUUACACCAUUUAAGGAAGUUGCCACACUGGAGAAUCCCAUAACACACAUUAAUACUCACAGUAGCCUACCAACCCAAAUUUCUAAAGCUUCAGAAGACAACUGUAAGUGUGAAGGCCCGCUCUUUGAAAAGUUGUUAACUGAUUCAAGUGACCCUGUUCAAGCUCUUUCCCAAGACCCAAUGCCUAUCCCUUUAUUUAAAAGUGCUGCCCAUGUAGUGACCUCUAAAUCAAGUCCCAACGUGCAUUUGGAAGAUUUGGGUUCAAGAGCAGAAUUUCUUAAACAGACUGACUCUUCUUUGGAUCCAAUAAAAGAGAAAGCCGAUUCACAUCAAUCCUCCUGUUAUAAAGACAAAUCUGAACUGGAUCUCCAAAAUAUAAUGGUGCCUAAUGGAUCUAUUUUUCCUACCUCUUUAGCAAAUUACCUCUUAGCAGGAUCAGAUCAGCAACAUGUCAUUCAUGAUUCUCUAGACCAACUAGUGACCCAAAGUACAACUUCAGACCUGCUAGAGGCCCACGGUGCUAUAAAAACUUUAACUUUGGACUCAGGUCAGAUUGCUAGUUCAUUGCCAAACUUUGAGAAAACUCAAUCUGCAACAGAUACAGUUGAUCAAGAGAUGCAUAAACCAUGUGAUACGUGCUUGCUUUCAGAGUUACCAUCCAACACUCAUAAUUUCCCAAUUGUCCCUGAAACUGAACUAAACAAAGCAUCAAAUCUUUUAUCGGAAGACCCCAAAAUGGCACCAAGCGAUUCUAGCCAAUUGGAUGGAAAGAGUCUUCAGAUCAAUACAACUAAUGUGAUUUCUGUAUCCAUGGCAUUUUCCAGCACCACUUCGUACUCUUGUCCUUUCUCCUACACUACUUUGCUCCCUACUUUAGAAAAGAAGAAACGAAAGCGUUGUGGAGUUUGUGGUCCUUGCCAACAGAAGGUGAACUGUGGUGAAUGUAUUUAUUGUAAAAAAGAAAAAUAUAGCCACCAAAUCUGUAAAAUGAGAAAAUGUGAGGAACUGAAGAAGAAGCCGAUGGUCAUAGUGCCUUUUGAGAUACAUUUAGACAACAACUUAGUAAAUGGCCCCAGGUCAGAAUCCAUGGAAAACAGUAAAUGUAGUAAUGGUGAAAAACAAAGGUUGAAGUUGAACCAGAAUAUUCUUGAAAAUGUACAGACCAAUGAAGAAGACACCAUGACGGGCGUAGAAGUAGAGAAAUGGGCCGAGAACAAGAAAUCCCAUUUGACCAUCCAUGUCCAAGGAGACAUCAGUGGUCCUGGACCUGAGACUGAAAACUUGAAAAAGUCUGAAGACCAUGAGAAAAAAACCCUUUUGAGUGACCUCAUCGAGCCCCCCAAAUCGUUUGCACAAACUGUUAAAAAUGGCAUUAAAAAUGUAUACUACUCACCAGCCGAAGCUGACGUGUCACUGAAAAAAGUCAAGUUAGAAAAAAAUCCAGAUUUGAUUGAUCAUGACACAGAAAGCAACCCCACUCCCUCUUUGGGGAACACUACUAGCUCUGAUAAUAGAGCAGGUGCUUUGGUCCCUGGCGUUUACAACACUCACCUUAAGAGGGAAGAAAAUAUUUUAGUGAUACAGAAGACAGACCCUAUCUGUCAUUCUGCUCAAGACCCCACAGAUAGCGUGUUGAAGAGUAAUAUCGAUGCCCAGGAAAAUCCACCUCAUAUAAUUACGUGGGGAAAAGGAGAAGCUCCUGAAAGCAAACACAUCAGUGAGCUAAAACAGUAUAAUUCUCCAGUUCAGCCUUGUCUUCUAUCCCUGAUGAGAGAUAGGAGACUCACUCUGGAGCAGAUAGUGGCCAUAGAAGCCCUCACUCAGCUAUCACAAGCUCCCUCUGAAAAUUCUUCACCAUCUAAAUCAGAAAAGUAUGAAGAGACUGCACAAUUGACAACAAAUUUGCUUCAUAACUGUAAAACAAUUCUGUGUUCUGUGGGAUCUCCUGCAGGAAAGGACUUCCAAGAUCCAAACUUAAAAAUUGAUUCUCUGGUCCUGCAUCCCUGUCCUUCCUUGGAAAAGCAAACUCCUAGGAAGCCAGUGCUGUACAAUGGCCAAAAUAAUUCUAAAUGGCACAAUAGUUUAAUGACAAAUCAUAGCACAUCUAAGACACAUGCAUCUUCAAAAGUCAUCAAGUCAGGAUCCAUCACAGAACCAGGUUCAAAUUCCCCCAGGAAUCACAGCAACAAAGAAAUUGUUCUUCAGGGGAGAAUUACAGUUGGCCGGUGCUCCAAGAGCACACAUGGCUUACAAACAAGUAGCAAGUUGGAAUUUUGUAGGCAAUUACAGGAAAGCACUAGCAAAAAUUUUGACUCCAAAAAUGAUUUGUCACAUAGGACUACCCCACACAGUCAGAUAGAAGAAGAUGUAGCUGCCCAGUUGACCCAACUUGCAUCCAUUAUUGAAUCUAAUAAUGCGAAGCGGGAGGAGAAAGAAGGUGCAAAGAUGUUUCCCAGCCUUGAGUGUCACAACGCACAGCAAAAAUCCAAGCAAGAACAAAGCUCAUUUCAAGAGAAACCACCCGUCCCCAUACAGAACAAUCACAGCUCAUUGUUAGCUAAGCAAAAAUCAUCCUCCCACAAAAGGGGGAAAUCUGCUUCAUGGAAACAGAGGUUAAAGAAAAAGCCCCCGGCCAAGAGCAUUCAACAAAACGACCAGAGUGAGCGGGAACGCCUGGCGUGGCAGUACAGCAAGUUCCAUGAUCUCUGGGUAGGGUCUAAACUUCGAAGACUGGGCUAUGUUUCCUCCCGUGAAUUUCAUGCUACAAUGAUAGAGCGCAGCCCUUCACUUACCAAAGUUCCGAAGCCACUCACUCAAAGUCCUUUGUCAUCCCAGCAUAAAAAACGAUUUCUUCCCCUCACUCAGAUAAAAUUCCACAGACAUUUACCUGAGUCGGCACAGGAGAAAAUGAAGGAAAAACGGUUUGGUUUCGAAGAGAUGGCUGACCACACCAAAUCGGAGGAGGUUGAUCCUCCGACGGGACGGGUGGUUCCAGAGGGUUUGCAGCAGAGUGGUGGGUCCUCCACAGAUCCCUUCUCCCUGUUCCACUUACACACAAAGCCCCCUUUAAGCAGACCAAGUGACAACGUCCAGGUGUUUACAGAAAAAGGCGACAAUUCUCAGGUACAGCAUUCGGUGAAUGUCAAUCAGUCUCUUAAUCAAUACAACCAGAGAGCUGGUGCUACAGCUGGUGUAGACCAAACACAGUUUCAGCAGGAUGCGGAAGAGCAGCUGAGGAGUCAGAGACAGCACAUGCUGCCUGCUCCCAGCUGUGCCACGCCGGUGCCCGGCACCGUCCAAACUCUCAGGAAUGAAAGCACGGCAUGUCCGGGGGGAGCAUCCGUGGCGGCAGCCAACAACAGUUCAGGGUUGGUCACUUCACAAGGUGUUGGCGACUUGGGCAGUUUCCCGGGAAAGAACACACUGAGCUGCUUCCUUGAAUCCCCAAUGACCUUCCUAGACACCCCUACCAAAAAUCUCAUCGAUACACCCACAAAAAAAGGGCCAUCUGAACUGCCAAGCUGUAGCUGUGUUGAACAAAUUAUAGAAAAAGAUGAAGGGCCAUACUAUACACAUCUUGGAACAGGACCAAGUGUGGCUGCUGUCAGGGAAAUCAUGGAGGCCAGAUAUGGUGAAAAAGGAAGAGCGAUUAGAAUAGAAGUCGUCGUAUAUACAGGCAAAGAAGGAAAAAGCUCUCAGGGUUGUCCAAUUGCCAAGUGGGUAAUAAGAAGAAGUAGUGAUGAAGAAAAACUCCUCUGCUUGGUUCGCCAGCGUGCAGGCCAUCACUGCCAGACAGCUGUCAUUGUCAUCCUCAUCUUAGCAUGGGAGGGAAUUCCUCAUCUCCUGGCUGACACCUUAUAUCAAGAACUAACCCAGAGUCUCAACAAAUAUGGCUGCCCCACCACGAGGCGCUGUGCACUUAAUGAAGAUCGUACCUGUGCAUGCCAAGGAUUGGAUCCAGAGACUUGUGGCGCAUCCUUUUCCUUUGGAUGCUCUUGGAGCAUGUAUUUCAAUGGCUGCAAAUUUGCAAGAAGCAAAAACCCCAGAAGAUUUCGACUAAUUGCAGAUGAUCCCAAAGAAGAAGAAAACCUUGAAAGUAAUUUGCAGACUCUCGCUACAGAUGUUGCUCCUGUGUAUAAGAAACUUGCUCCAGAUGCUUUCCAAAACCAGGUAGAAAAUGAACACCUUGGCUCUGAUUGUCGUCUUGGUCGCAAGGAUGGACGUCCUUUCUCUGGGGUUACUGCCUGCAUAGACUUCUGUGCCCAUGCCCACAAAGACACACAUAACAUGAAUAACGGAAGCACUGUGGUCUGUACUCUGACAAAAGAAGAUAAUCGAUCAGUGGGUGUGAUUCCCAAAGAUGAGCAACUCCACGUGCUACCACUUUAUAAAAUUUCCCAAACAGAUGAAUUUGGUACAAGAGAAGGAUUAGAAGCCAAGAUUAAAACAGGAGCCAUCCAGGUGCUCACCGCCUUCCCCAGAGAAGUGAGGAUGUUAGCCGAGCCAGUGAGAGCCACAAAGAAGAAGAAGGUGGAUGUCCGGAGGGCGCCAGCUGAAAAGCCCGGGCAGGUGCCAAAGAAACAUCCACCUCUGGUAAAGUUCAAAAAUGAGUCUCCUGAAAUGCACCCCAAGGCAUCCCAACUUUUAGGUAACAAAACUGAAACAUUGCAACCUGAUGUAAAGAAUGAACUUUCAGACUCACAUUUUAACCUCCAUAGUGUGGCCAACACUACAAACUACUCUUGGAUCAAGUCCAUUCAUCACCCAUUGAAAGGGACGAACUUACCUCUGAACUCUUCCCUGACUCCUCUGUCUGGCUUGGCAGCAACUUCAUUUCAGAAUGACUCUGAAAUUUCCUACGGGUUUUCAGAUCAGGGUAGUGUUCCACCCUGGACAGUGGUUUCUACAAAAUACAGUGGUGCUAAUGCAGGAACUGAGGAAUGCCCUGGACUUCUACUGAAUGCUGAGCCAGCAUCCUUUUCUGGCGUGGCUUCCACCGUGACAAACCCCCAGCUUCAUGCUGACUUUUCUCCUGGCCCAGUUGAGCAUCUGAUUUCCGACCCAACAAAAUUUCAACCUCCAUCGCUACUGCCACCUGUUACUCAGAUAGCUGGUCCCGGCGAUUCCACCCCAGGGAAAUCGGACAGUGAUGAGCACAUGACAGGUCCGAGGGAAGCUGCUGCUUUGGCUUCCUCCCUGGUUUAUCCCAGAAGACAGGAGCCUGAGCCGGCUGCUCAUUUCCCAACCGUCACCGAGCAGGUACCGAGUGACGAGCUGACCGAGUCGGCCGACAGUGAAGAGAAGUCGGAAGAGAUGUGGUCAGACAGCGAACACAACUUCUUGGAUGACAAUAUUGGUGGCGUGGCAGUGGCCCCUUCCCAUGGCUCGGUGCUAAUCGAAUGUGCCCGGCGAGAGCUUCACGCCACGACGCCCAUCCGCAAGCCAAACCGCAACCAUCCCACGCGCAUCUCCCUUGUCUUCUAUCAGCACAAGAAUCUCAAUGAACCGAGGCACGGGUGGGCGGUGUGGGAGGCAAAGAUGGCUGAAAGAGCCCGAGAGAAAGAGAGAGAGGCUGAGAAGCUCGCUACUGAAAAUGCCAUGAACCAGAAAACAAAACAGCCUCCAGAGAGUCCUGAGAUUUUCUGCGAGCAAAACGAACUGAACCAAAUUCCUUCCCGGAAAGCAUUAACGGUAACCCAUGACAAUGUCAUUACAGUGUCUUCUUAUGCCCUCACUCAAGUUGCAGGGCCCUACAAUCACUGGGUCUGAAGGCUUUGCAAACACAGAAUCUUGUCCCAUUGCAAUGUUCUGUUACUUCAAGGUGCUGUUGAAAAAAAAAAGUCAAGUUGUCGGUUUUCUCUUUGUUCAUCUCAACCAUUUUAAGGCUGAGGUUAAAAAAAAAAUGGGGGGGGAGAGUGGUUUCUUAAAUGUGACUUUAUAUUUUGACCAUUGGUGGCGUGGUGCUCAAGCACAUUUUAAACAACAAAAAAAAAGAAAUUUUCUAGUUUUUAAUAGAUUGCUUAAGAGAAGUUUUGGUUAGUUUAUUAACCUUGAUAGAAAGAUUCAGUUUAUGAUCUUUAGGAAUUUAUACUUUGGUGCUUUCAAUCGAGUCUGUUUACUAUGAAAGAAAAUCAUUUUUAGAGGAUUUUAACAGAUUCUUUCCUAUUUUAAGAGGUAAAAAUCAAGUUUUACAGUAUUAGCUCUCCAUAGCUCUUGGUGCUUAACCACAUUGAAACAGUGAAAGAUAAGCUGAUAUUACUUCAUGGUGCCAUUGUUCCAGCAACUUCCAAUCAUUGCUCUAAAAAUGAAAAUCCAUUUAUAUCUUCUUCACAAUGAACCAAUGAAAUUCCCUCUCUCUGGAAAGAGUUCUCGUAUAAUAUAGAACGACCCAGUUGUUAUUCUUAGUGAUGGUUGGAGGCUGUUUGUAAACUGUAAAUAUAUAUACAUAUAUAUAUAUAUAUAUAUAUUAUAUAUUUUAAAAGCACUUUCUAUUUUUAAAAUUAACUUGAAAUAGUAUAGUAUAAGAAUCAUAUUGUCAAUUGUUUGUGCAUAUUCUACAAAAGAAAUCAUUUUAUUCUUGCUGUGUAGAGUUCCAUAUUGCUACAACUGAAAUAUGUAUACUAAUAAUGUAUGUGGUUUGUGGUGUUUCUUUUUUAUUUGUUUGACCUUUUUUUCAUUAAAGAUAUCAGAUGCAUAUAAAUCAGUAAGCAAUGCAGAAAAUGGUUGUCUACAAAAUUCAAGUUAGGAAAUAUAUUGCCAAUGUAUGUCUGUAUCAUUAUUGGGAGUUAAAAUGACAUACUGAGAGCUUUAUAAAGCUAAGGUCUCUGAUUUUUUUUUUUUUGAGCAGUCUUGCAAUUAAUAAUCUAACCAAGCUCUCAUGCAUUCUCAUCAGUGAAGAAUUUUUCAGAAUGUAGACAAGUGACAUAGAUUCUUAUCACAUCAAUCAUUGAAAUUUGUGGGGUUCAAAGCCACCAAAUCCUCCUAAUGUCUAGAAGGUAUGGGUGGGAAACUAAAUUAAAAAGUAAAUGACCUCUAAACUUGCCUUGUUUAUUCUGAAAAAUUUUACUGAUAUAGGAGGAAAUGUUGAUAUGAAAAAAGAAAACAUCUCUCUUUUUUUAUCCCAAAUAUAAAAUUAUCAAAUAAGGUCCUACAGAAAUGGUCAGUAUUCAGGAAAAAUGUGAAUUCAGUUCAAAUGGAUCAUUUUCUCCCUUCAUGAGCAACUUCUGUGAAUAUUUUAAAAUAUAAAUUUAUAUUUUGUUGGAAAGUUUAUUUUAAUUUUGAAUCACUUGCUCCCAAAUUUUGAAAACCUGUAUUUCACCAAAUAAAUAUAGUUAUUUCUGUUCUAAAAAAAAUAGGAAAAGUAGACACUCCAUUUACUAAAUAUUAUAGAAUCCCAUCUUCCUUUUCUUUUCCUUUUUACAUUUAUUUAUUGAAAGAAGUUAUAGCCAAACAGUAAGGUUAUCUAAACUAAACCUUUUGUCCAUGAAGAAUUAUACUAAUGCUGUAUGUAUUUGACUGUGUUAUAAUGUAGAGGUGCUAUAACAAAAUUAUGUCGAGGUUACUUGCUAGUAUCUAAACCUAAUGGUGCUUUUUCCUUGGAAAUGCCAUAGGAAUCUACUACAACCAUUAAUACUGACAGUUUGGGUGCAGACAAUACAUGAACUUUUUAAUUAAAAAAAAAAUUGUUUUCCCUACAUACCCUUCAUUGGAGUUUCAGUCUCUCUCUUUGAACACUUUGUAACUUAUUGUCUUAAGCAAGUAAGCAAGAUUGGCAAAUACCCUGUGGAGCAAGAUGUUGUGCCCAGCUUUUGAUCGGUUUAAGUAAAGUAAUAUGAAGAAAUUAUGAAUAACAAAAACAAAUCAAAAUGCUGGACCACCAUCUUGGACCAGAAGUUUUCUGCUUCUUGAACGUAUUAAUGAAAAUAGAUUGAAUUGUUUUAGUCUUUGGUGUGCCUUAGAUCUCCAUUUUAAGACGUGUAUAUUUUUGUGAGCCUGAAGUUUUGUAAAUGAUGACUGUAUAAGUGGUGAAUUGUAAAUUGCCCUGGCUGCUUCAAGGUAUUUGUGAGUAUUGGUUGAUCAGGAAUACAUACUUCUCAGUUUAGUACAAUGGCCUAUUACUGAUUAGAAAUGGCAGCUUGAACCAAGUAGUUUUAGAAAGUAGCUAGUUCCUCAACGGUUAACCCUAUCUUUACGUUAUUAAAAUGAUGAAGGCAGAGCUGUCGUCCCCAUCAGCCCCCAAAGAGCAACGUUUCUGAUCCAAUAUUUAACAGGGGUUCCAGUACAUUUAAUCAUUUUAAAUUCUGAGCCUUAGCUUCUAUAGUAGCCUUGAUUCAAGUUAUUUCCUAGUCAAGCAAAUUUAUUAGGAAAAAAUUGUUGAGCUGUCUUUUAUUGGGAGUAUGAGGACAGCAGCAUAAACAAACGCAGGAAAUAUUACAAAGGGAUUUGUCAUUUUGGAAUUUUCUCUAAAAUUUUUACUCAAGGCCUCCUAGUUCAUGAUAUAGUAUGAUUAAAAGUAUUUAAAUAAUCUCCAGGAUGUGGGGGGAAGAAUAAGGCAAAGUAGAGUUUUCCCAGCUCAUCAGUCAUUUAGAACUCUUCUGUCAGCUUGAGUACAUGGUGAAGUACAGAUCUGUCUCUUCACAAUCCAUCUUAUCCAGAACAUGGAGGUCAGAGCAUUUUUAGUUCCCCUUAGUAGGAAAUGGCCUUUCUUUUAUGUUCUCUGCAUCCUUGAAACCUGACAAAUAUAAGGACUCUUACAUCAUCCUAGUCACUCGUGUCCUGAAAUUUUUAAUAAAGACAAAAGGAGUUGGGUCCCUCAGUAUUCAGAUUUUUGAAACCUGGUCAAAUUAGAAAAACAUAAAACUUGAACCAAGUUAUUUCCCAGACAAUUUGAAAUUCAUUUCCUUUUGUUAUGCCAGGUUAUCAUAGUUACUGUUGACCCCUUUAAAUUUUUCUCAUUUUAGUCUCUUCCAUUGCCAGCAAUUUUUAAAGCUCAUGUUCACUUAAUGAAUAGUAGACCACAUCAUAUGUGUCUCUUGGAAUUUUCAUUGUGCCAUUUCAGAAUAUUACUGUGUAUAAAACCUAAAAAUAAAUCUGGCUUCAAUUAAAA